UUUCUGUUAGGCGGUCUGGACAGAAACGGCUCGUGCCGUGCGCUUUAUCAUUCUACUUUAUUUACGUUGCUUUCCGGGUUCAGUAUACAUUUUAAACUCGUUUUAAAUUUCUGACUCUAAAAUGAGCGACCACGAGAAGGAUUUCAGGGAGCAGGUUAAGGUGGGAAGAAAGAAAAAGGCCCAAGACGUGUCAGAUGUGACGUUUUUAAUGUUUGAAGCUGAUGGGGUUGAUGCAUGCUAAUGUUUUGGAAGCUGAAAAGAAGCGAUCAAGAUCUGGCCUCACUUCUAGUGUUGUAAUGGCAGAUGGUAAAAGGGGGAAGAGGAGGAGGAGGAAAAAAGAAGUCAGAUUCAAACGGAAGAAAGAAGAAAUGAAGGGUUGUUAUGAAGUAAUGAAGUGAACGAAGUUAUGAAGUUAAGAUCAGAAGUAUAACUGGGACUCUCGGGGAGGCUCGAGGAGUGCAUCCCCUAGGGGCUCAGCAAAAUCCACCAGCCACUCUCCCGCACGCUCUAAAGAUGGCUCUCGGCGCUCCAGGUCCAGAUCUCGCUCCCAGUCCAGAUCAAAAUCAAGAUCAAGGUCCCAUCGAAGUUCACGCAGACGCUACUCCCGGUCUCGUUCCCGGUCUCGACGCAGACACUCAAGGAGCCGCUCUCGCAGCUCAGAUUACCGACGACGUAGGAGCCAUAGCCGUUCCCCGAUGUCAAAUCGGCGGAGACACAUCGGCAACAGGGGCAACCCAGACCCCAGCGCCUGCCUGGGUGUGUUUGGUCUGAGUCUUUACACCACCGAGAGGGACUUGAGGGAGGUUUUUUCUAAAUAUGGUCCACUGGCUGAUGUCAACAUAGUGUAUGAUCAGCAGUCGCGUCGCUCAAGAGGUUUCGCUUUUGUUUAUUUUGAAAACAGUGCGGACUCCAAGGAGGCCAAGGAACGUGCUAAUGGUAUGGAGCUUGACGGACGCAGGAUCAGAGUGGAUUUUUCUAUUACCAAAAGAGCUCACACUCCAACUCCAGGAAUAUACAUGGGACGCCCCACAUAUGGUGGUGGAGGGGGAGGAAGUGGAGGGAGUGGAGGAAGUGGAGGUGGUUCAUCACGCCGUUUCUCUAGGGACUACGACCGUAGCUAUGACAGAGGAUAUGAUAGAGGUUAUGAUCGAGACUACGAUCGUUAUGAAGAACGAGAGUACCGAUCGUACAGGCGCAGAUCUCCGUCUCCGUACUACAGCAGAGGUUACCGCUCGCGAUCUCGGUCCUACUCACCACGUCACUACUAGGCAUUGAGGGUAGUCGGCUACAGUGUUACUUUUGGAUGCUGUUUUCAUUUUCGUGUGUGUGUGUGUGUGAGAAAGAGGCUUUUGCAUGCAUUCGUGUAUAAGAAAGUUACACUUUUAUGUCCAAACAUGUCAAAGGCAAUGUUGAAUUUUCAUGUCACUGGGUUCAGCAAAGAUUAUGGAGGAUCAAAAGUCACGAUUUUUCACUUUUUCAGCUUUGCUCUUUGCCUGACUAAAUUCUGUAUGUUGUGGCAAAUAAAAAUUCAGAAGGCUGUUUAAAGUUAUUGGAAAAAUACUUUGCUUGAACUGACAUGUUAUCUCUAUAGGAUUUUGUGCUUUUUUUGUUCUAUAUAAAUGGCUUCUUUAAAAUCGAUGUUUUUUUUGUUUUUUUUUUUGUUAAAAAUGAAAUGACAUUUUUGUCUUUGCUUGGUGGGUACUAGUGUAUUGUUUUUGUAUAUAAGCAAUAAAAAUACCUGGGUCA